UGUCUGACUGAUUCUCUCUGCCUGCCUCUCCUCAGACUGACGAUGGCUGAAGCCCAGCUGUGUGGAUUACAGGACAACUUCACCUGCUCGGUGUGUCUGGACACCCUGACUGACCCCAUCACUAUCCCCUGUGGUCACAGUUUCUGUCUGAAGUGCCUCACGGACUGCUGGGAUCAGAGCCAAGUGUGCAGCUGUCCUCAGUGCAGACACACCUUCACCACAAGGCCUGAGUUGAACAGAAACACUCUGCUGAAUGAAGUCAUCAAGAAAUUAAAGAAGACGACACUCAGUUCUCCUCCUCCUCAGAAUUAUUCUGGUCCUGGAGACGUGGAGUGUGACUUCUGUACUGAAAAGAAGUUCACAGCGGUGAAGUCCUGUCUAACCUGCAUGGCCUCUUUCUGUCAGAUUCAUCUGCAGCUUCACUAUGAAGGAGACGCCUGGAAGGGACACAAGCUGACUGAUCCUGAUAGAAAUCUGAAGGAGAAACUCUGUGUGAAACAUCAAAAAAGUCUGGAGAUGUUUUGUAAAACUGAUGAUUCCUGUAUCUGCAUGAUGUGUGGAAUGACUGAACACAACAGCCAUGAAAAGGUUGAGCUGGAGACGGAAAGAGAAGAAAAACAGAAACAGCUGUGGGCGACCCUGAGUGACAUCAACAGGAGACUUGAGGAGAGAGAGAAGACACUGAAGGAGACAAGGAGGGUAAUGGAGGAGAUGAUGGUGAGUAGAAUAGGAAGACAACACUUCAUAUCAAAGAGAGGAGAAAUAAAUGAGAACUUGAAGAGCAGCAGAGCUUCACUAGUGAUGAUGAGUAGGGACAUGAGAAGGGAGAUUUACCCCCUCUGCCUGUCCAGACACAAAGGCUCCCAGGAUUUCCUCACAAAUCACACUUCUAAGUUACAGACCUUCAAUUGUAUAAUCAUACUGAAGAGCUUUCUCCCUAUAUGUACUUUCUCAUCUCGCUGUGUCUUUCCUGCUGUUGAAGACUCGUUGAGCUUCACUGUAACCGCUGAUUUCUCAUCUGAGGACAUGAGAAAGGAGCUGUCAAGUCUGACAAAGAGUGUGGAGAAGAUCAGCCAGUGGGUCAUCAUGACAAGGACUUCAUCAGCUCAUGAAGCUCCAGUUUUCACCCUCCAGCCUCCUGAACCUCAGAGCAGAGAUGACUUUUUAAAAUAUUUCUGUGCCCUCACACUGGACAUCAACACAGCACACAGAGACCUCCGUCUUUCUGAAGGGAACAAGAAGGUGACAUGUGAGGGGACAAAAGCCGAAUAUCCUGAUCAUCCUGACAGAUUUGACAUCUGGUCUCAAGUUCUGUGCAGAGAGGCUCUGACUGGGACUCGCUGUUAUUGGGAGGUGGAGUGCAGUGGAGACUUCAUGGUGAUUGGAGUUGCAUAUAAAGGACUGAGCAGGAAAGGAUGGGAGUGCGGCCUUGGAUACAACGACAAGUCUUGGAGUUUGCAGUGGUCUUAUUUCCAGUACUCUGUUUGUCACAGUGACAAGCAGAUUGUAAUCAGCGCCCCCUACAGCGCCAGAAUAGGUGUGUAUCUGGACUGGCCUGCUGGCUCUCUGUCAUUUUAUAGCGUCUCACACACAAUGACCCUCCUGCACAGGUUCAACACCUCCUUCACUGAGCCCCUCUAUCCAGGGUUUGGGUUUUAUCUUGGUUUUAACUCCAGUGUAACAAUCAGCCAUCUGACACCAUGGGACCACUGACCAGUACCCUCCACCAGUCAUUUUUGGUCCCCACAAGCAAAGGUCCUCUUUGUGUUUGUAGAUUGGGGUGAAAUUAAAUUUAUAGGAUGGGUGGGUUUGGGGGGCAGCACCUCUGAGAUUGAAUUUGUGGAUGAGAAUGCGGGGAGUGUGCGGCUGUCAGGGUCUCCAUUAUUAUUGGGUUUGAGUAGCCAAUC